CUCCGGUUUUCUUCCGAACGAUUCCGAACGAAUACGUCGUUGAGACGAUUCUCGCCGGAUCUCGUGAAAAAACAAAGACGUCGUCGUCGAAUUGCCUGGACAAAUUGUUCUCAAAACAAAUGUGUAUCUUCAAUAUAGCUUUGACAGCAAUUUUCCUCCAGCAAUUCCCCCCCCCUCCCUCGCUCUCUUUUCUCUCCUUCCCUCCACUUUUCCGCACCUUUUCUCGCUAUAUUCUCCCUUUGCCGUUGCAGGGAAAUGAAAGUUCUGUGCGCAUUGCGCAACACAUACACACAAAUAUAUUAAAUCAUGGCACGUACCAAGCAGACAGCUCGUAAAUCAACGGGAGGAAAAGCUCCUCGUAAACAAUUGGCUACAAAAGCGGCAAGAAAAAGCGCACCGUCCACAGGUGGUGUGAAAAAGCCACAUCGUUACAGACCCGGUACUGUGGCUCUUCGAGAAAUCAGAAGAUACCAGAAGUCGACGGAAUUGUUGAUCAGAAAGUUGCCGUUCCAGCGACUGGUUCGUGAAAUUGCGCAGGAUUUCAAAACCGAUCUGCGUUUUCAAAGCGCCGCCAUAGGCGCGUUACAAGAAGCUUCGGAAGCUUAUCUCGUCGGUCUCUUCGAGGACACCAAUCUGUGCGCGAUUCACGCAAAACGCGUAACAAUCAUGCCUAAAGAUAUCCAAUUGGCGCGGCGAAUUCGUGGCGAGCGUGCUUAAAAAAUACCAUGUAACUCUCCCACACACAUACCCGUUUAUUACGAUUAUUAUUUUAUUAUAUUAUUAUUAAUAUUAUUGAUAAUUAUUAUAUAUUAUUACUGUUCGCAAUUAUCGUGGAUAAUUAUUCUUUCAUUCCAGCUUUACAUAUUACUGUUUUAUCUAUAUAGAGACAUAGAUGUGCUAACCAUGUUAUAUUUCUCUCGAUGGUUUUUUUUUUUUUUUUUUUUUUUUUGUUCUCAAUUGCAAGAACAUUUUCUCGAAAUUUUGUUUCUCGAAACGCAUUCAACUUUUAGUAGUUUAUAUCCACGUGAAUUUUGUUUAUUUAUUACAAAAUUUCUUGUACCCGUACAAAUUAAUUUUGGUGAGACAACGUGGAAAAGUAACACGUCAUUUCUUUCACGAUUUAUUUUAUGUAUCUCUUUCAUUAGCGUUAAUAUAUAAUAUAAAUAUAUAUAUAUAUAUAUAUAGUAUGCAUUAAAAUAUCACAUCAUUAGUAUUCACAAAAAAAAAAGUGUGCGCUAGAAUAAGAGACAUCCCCUCAUGAUGACAAGAUGUAGUGUGCUAAAACACAUUAGAUUUCAGUACUCAGUUAACAUAAAUUGUUUUGAUCACUUAAAUAUUGUGUAAAAAACUUUGUGAAAAAUAAAGGCAUUUCGUAAAUAAAUCUUCA